AUGAGGGAGGAGAGUGUGAGGAGGAGGAGGAGAGAGGGAAGGCGGGGGGGCUGUAAGGAAGCGGGACCCGCGGAGGGGGGCAGAGCAAAUGGGGCGGCAGGUUUGGGGUUGCCUGGCCGCGCAGACAAAAGGCCGGGGCAGAUUUACGGCCCGGGACAGCUGGCGGGCAAAGCCGCCCCCCCGCCCCGCAGCUGCCACUCCGCGCCCGGCCGGUCCCUGCGCCCGCGGCGGCCCCGGGGCGGAGCGGGGCGGGCCCGGCCCCGCAUUCCGGGCAUAGCAGCGCCCGGCCCGGCCCCCGGGGCCCCGGGACGUCCAGAGCCGCCACAGCUCCGCUCCGCUCCGCCAUGCUCCGGUGAGUGCCGCCGCCGGGACCCCCUCGGCCCUGGACCCCCGGCCCCGGGAACCCCCGAACCGGACCGCGACCCCCUCCCCGAAUCUAGAUGCCCCCGGAAAAAGGACGCCCCACUGCACAGGGAACCCCCCAGCCGAGAUCAAGACACCCCCCCUGGACCGGGAUCCUCCCGAUCGGGACCGGGACCCCCGGGCACCGGGAAUCACCCGACCGGGAGUGGGACUCCCCCGGACUGGGGGACCCCCUCGGCACCGGCACUCAGCAACCGGAAUCGGGAGCCCCCCCGCCUCGGACCGGGAUUACCCUAA